CAAGUUGGCUCCAUCUGAGAAGCCUUUUUUGAAGCCUUGUGCGCGAGCCUCCAGGUUUCGGGACUUUCGGGACUUUCGAUGUCUUACAAUUUGGCGGAGGUCGCCAAGCACAACAGCAAGACAGAUUGCUGGGUCGUGGUGGAUGGACAAGUCCUUGACGUGACAUCUUUCUUGUCGGAGCAUCCGGGUGGCGAGCUUGCGAUCAUUACCUUUGCAGGCAAGGAUGCCACUGAGGAGUUUAACAUGAUCCACCCACCAGAUGUUAUUGGAAAGUACGCGCCCGACUCCAUCAUUGGCAAAGUUGGUGCUGGAGGCGCAGCUCCUGCAGCACCUGUGGCCUCUGGCGGCGGCGGCGGCGGUGGUGGAAUGACUAUGGCUGAGGUUGCCAAGCACAACAGCAAGAGCGACUGCUGGGUUGUCGUGGAUGGCCAAGUUUUGAACUGCACCCAGUUCUUGUCCGAGCACCCAGGCGGUGAGUUGGCAAUCCUGACCUUUGCGGGCAAGGACGCAACAGAGGAGUUCAACAUGAUCCACCCGCCCGAUGUGAUUGGAAAAUAUGCCCCUGACGCGAUCAUUGGAAAGCUCGGCGCCGGUGCUCCGGCCGCAGCGCCUGCUGCGGCGGCGCCAAGUGCAUCCCAGCCUCUCUUGGACAAGGGACACCAGGGAAAGAACUGGUCCAAAUCUGAGAAGAACCGCGAAGUGCGAAUGAAGGGCGAGGGCAAGGUUAGUGGAUGGAUUGGUGCUAUCAUGUACAUGGUCCUGGGAUUCCUGAAGGAGGUUCUUUUCACCAUUUUCCCGCAGAAGAAUGUGAACUUCAGCAGUGAUCGUGUUGGACUCACCCGCUCAGCCAUGUUCCUCUUUGUUUUCAUCAUUAUCCACGCAGUUGGAAACUUGCAUGUCUUCCUCGGACCAGAUGACUUCAACGGCUACGGCUACUUCUACGUCCGGCUGUACUGGACAGGUUUCGGUCUGCAAGCCAACAUCGUGGAGGAAUACAUCCUGCUGGCCGCAUUGCUGCACGUUGUGGUUGCAAUCAAAAGGACCUGGGACAUCAGUGUGAACUAUGCCCUGAACUCUGGAAAGAUGAACUUGGCCAUCUCUGGCGUGACCCUUCUGACCUUCAUGAUGAUUCACUUGUACCAGUUCCGCUUCGGUGCAACACAGCCUUGGACACUGUGCCCUCCACCAUACCUGCUGAACUUGAAGACACUCCUGGCCUUGCGUUUGAACCUUUUCUGGGUGGACGAUCCCGGCUGCAAGGAAGUUGCCGUGCGCGACAUCUACCGAAUGGAGUUCGAAGUCUUCCAAUCAUUGGGCUGGGUGCUCUUCUAUUUGGCUGCAGUCAUCAUCUUCAGCACACACAUGUGCCUCGGUUGGCAGAAGGUCGUCCCCGCACCAGCCUUGGAAAUCCCCAAGAAGUACCACAGCAGGGCCACCCACAUGGGCUACAUCUUCACAAUCUUCAUUGCAGUAGUCUAUGCCAGCUUCCCCUUCUAUUGUCACAUCUUCAGCAUGUCCAGUGGCAGCCUGAGCAAAGAGCCUGCAACACCCUGAAGCCAUGUUUCCUUCCCGCUCUCGCAUAGUUUGAUCACACGUCGUGAGUUCUGAGCCACCGCAAGAGAGGACCCAGCUGCAAUGGCUUUGGUGAAAACACUAA